GAUGCUGAGAGGCCGGACACCGGAUCACACAGGGCAGAGCUGGGCCAUCAUCUUCCUCACUGCCAGGGACUCCAUCCUGCCAGUCUCCCUGCUGAUUGUGUUGGCUGUGUGAUUUGCAUUGCAUCAGAGCUGGAAAGCAUGAAGGAGAAGACCUCAGGACCUAAGGAAUUGCCCACCUAGAUGGAAACCCCCUCGUAUUCCCUGUCCCGACGGAUGCUGCUCCCUUGUGCAUGGAUUAUUUUGUGUUGAUCGAUCUCCUGAGUCGGUGAUUUGUGGCGGAUCCGCAGGACAAGCCCUUGAAUCUUUGCUACUUGUGAUCCCCCCACUGCUCGCUAUAGGAUACCAAUGGCCUCUGUUCCCCCCAACACGGGGGAAAGAGGCUUCACAGAUUUACCUCCGGGCCACAAGACCUCCUACCCGGCCCCGGGAUCUGAUCUGCUGCGGAGACCCAGUUAUUGUCACGCUGCUUUUGCACUUAAACAGAUAUCUAAGGGUAAAGCCGUCGGUCAGAAGGCUCCGCUCUGGCUCCGCGCUCAGUUCCAGUCCCUGCUCUUCUCCUUAGGAUGCUCCAUCCAGCGACACUGCGGGAAGGUGCUGUUCAUCGGCCUGCUGGUGUUCGGAGCGCUGGCCGUGGGCCUACGAGUGGCCUCCAUCGAGACCGACAUCGAACGUCUAUGGGUGGAAGCCGGCAGCCGCGUGAGCCAGGAGCUCAGCUACACGAAAGAGAAGAUGGGCGAGGAGUCCAUCUACACCUCACAAAUGCUCAUCCAGACCCCGAAGGAGGAAGGCGAAAAUAUCCUGACCCAACAGGCUCUCCUCCUGCACCUCAGCGCUGCGCUGGCCGCCAGCAAAGUGCAGGUCUCAAUGUAUGGAAAGUCGUGGGAUCUAAACAAGAUUUGCUACAAGUCCGGCGUCCCAAUCAUCGAGAAUGGGAUGAUUGAGCGGAUGAUUGAGAAGCUUUUCCCUUGUGUCAUCAUCACUCCCUUGGACUGUUUUUGGGAAGGGUCUCAGCUGCAGGGAGGCUCCGCCUAUUUACCGGGAAGGAGAGACAUUCAGUGGACAAACUUGGACCCUCUCCAACUGAUGGAGGAGCUCAGCCAAUUCACCAGCCUGGAUGGCUUCAAAGAGAUGCUGGACAAGGCCGAGGUGGGACAGGCAUAUAUGGAGCGGCCCUGCCUCGACCCCACAGACUCCGAGUGUCCAGACAGUUCCCCCAACAAGGAGUCACAGGAGAUCCCAGACAUUGUGGCUACACUUCAGAAUGGCUGCCACGGCUUUUCCAAGAAGUUUAUGUUCUGGCAGAAGGAGCUGAUUUUGGGCGGGAUGUUGAAAGGAAGCCUCGGAGAACUGAAGAGUGCUGAAGCUCUGCAGACCAUGUACCUCCUGAUGAGUCCGGGGCAGCUGUACGAACACUUCAAAGACGACUAUGAAAUCCAUGACAUCAACUGGAAUGAGGAGAAGGCAGCUGCCAUCUUGGAGUCAUGGCAGCGAAAGUUUGUGGAGCAAGCACAGCAGUCGGUCCCGCAGAACGCAUCGCAGGACAUCCACGCCUUCUCCACCACCACCCUGAAUGAUAUCAUGAAGUCUUUCUCCGAUGUCAGUGCCAUCCGCGUGGCCGGCGGAUACCUGCUAAUGCUGGCCUAUGCCUGUGUCACCAUGCUGCGCUGGGAUUGUUCCAAGUCUCAAGGAGCUGUGGGCCUGGCUGGAGUCCUUCUUGUGGCCCUCUCUGUGGCAUCAGGGCUGGGACUUUGCUCCCUUCUUGGCAUCUCCUUCAAUGCUGCAACAACCCAGGUCCUGCCAUUUCUGGCACUGGGUAUAGGUGUGGACGACAUGUUCCUGCUGGCACACGCCUUCACAGAGACCGGCCUGAGUACCCCUUUAAAGGAAAGGACGGGCGAAUGCCUGAGACGCACGGGUACGAGUGUGGCGCUGACUUCUAUCAAUAAUAUGAUUGCUUUUUUCAUGGCGGCUUUGGUUCCGAUCCCAGCUCUGCGGGCGUUCUCGCUGCAGGCUGCUAUUGUGGUCGUAUUCAAUUUUGCGAUGGUUUUGCUAAUAUUUCCCGCCAUUUUGAGCUUGGAUCUACAGCGUAGAGAGGAUCAGAGGCUGGAUAUUCUCUGCUGCUUCUACAGCCCCUGCUCCUCCAGAGUGAUCCAGAUUCAACCUCAAGAAAUGCCCGAUGCCAAUGACAAUCACACCUACCAUCCCUCAUCUUAUGGGAACCCCACCAUCACUACCAGCACCCACAUCACCACCACCGUCCAGGCCUUCACCCAGUGUGAUUCAUCUGGGCACCACGUGGUCACCAUCUUACCACCAACCUCCCAAAUCUCCACCUCGCCCUCUGUCAUUGUCCCCACUGUGGACCCCUUGGGGUCUCAGGUCUUCAGCCCCUCCAGCUCCACCCGGGAUUUGUUGUCUCAGGUGAAUGAAACCAAAGGCAGGCGUGAGUGCGUCCCUCUUCCCUUCCUGAAGUGGAGCCUGGCGGACUUUGCCCGUGAGAAGUACGCCCCUUUACUGCUGAAGCCGGAGAUGAAGGGGAUCGUGGUCGCUCUCUUCAUGGCUCUUUUAGGCCUCGGCUUGUAUGGAACCACCAUGGUUCAUGACGGACUCUACCUGACGGACAUCGUUCCUCGAGAGACCAAGGAGUACAACUUCAUCUCCGCUCAGUUCAAAUAUUUCUCCUUCUACAACAUGUUCAUCGUUACAAAGGGAGGCUUCGACUACCCCAAGGCUCAGAGCUCUUUGUGCCAGCUCCACGAGUCCUUCGGCUCAGUCAAGUUCGUUGUCCGAGAGAAGGGAAGAGACUUGCCCAAAAUGUGGCUGCAUUAUUUCCAGGACUGGCUGAGAGGCCUCCAGGAUUCUUUUGACAAGGACUGGCAUUCUGGUCGCAUCACGCAGGAUAAUUACAGGAACGGUACAGAGGACGGCAUCCUGGCUUAUAAGCUCCUCAUCCAGACGGGGAGCAAGAAGGAUCCCUUUAAUGUCGACCAGCUGAUUAGUCGCCGACUAGUGGAUGAGAAUGGCCUGAUUGCUCAGGAUGUGUUUUAUAUCUACCUGACCGUGUGGGUGAGCAACGAUCCCCUGGGCUAUGCUGCCUCACAGGCCAAUUUCUACCCUCAGCCUCCGGAAUGGAUCCACGAUCGAUAUGACACCACUGGGGAGAAUCUGAGAAUCCCAGCUGCAGAACCCAUAGAAUUUGCCCAGUUUCCCUUCUACCUGAACGGUCUGCGCCAGACAUCGGAUUUUAUUGAAGCCAUUGAGAGCGUGCGCUCAGUCUGCAAGGAGUUUGCUGAGCAGGGGGUGUACAGCUACCCCAGUGGCUACCCCUUCCUCUUCUGGGAGCAGUACAUUGGCCUGCGUCACUGGUUCCUCCUGGCCAUCAGCAUCGUUCUGGCCUGUACAUUUCUGGUGUGCGCCCUUCUCCUGCUCAAUCCGUGGACAGCUGGAAUCAUUGUUUUCAUCUUGGCCAUGAUGACGGUGGAGCUGUUUGGCAUUAUGGGGUUGAUCGGUAUCAAGCUGAGCGCCAUCCCUGUGGUGAUCCUCAUCGCCUCUGUUGGGAUUGGAGUAGAGUUCACUGUUCAUGUGGCUUUGGGAUUUCUCACGGCCAUUGGUGACCGGAACCAGCGCUCUGUAAUUGCCCUAGAACACAUGUUUGCCCCCGUUCUGGAUGGAGCCAUAUCCACUCUUCUUGGGGUGCUGAUGCUGGCGGGAUCCGAGUUUGACUUUAUUCUAAGGUAUUUUUUCGCUGUGCUCACUAUUCUCACCAUCCUGGGGCUGCUGAACGGGCUGGUCCUGCUCCCUGUGCUGCUGUCGCUUAUCGGACCCCCGGCUGAAGUGACUCCUGCGGACAAUAGUAACCGCCUCCCGACACCCACCCCAGAGCCGCCACAUCUCAACCACCACACCUUCUACAUGCAGCACAAAGCUGGAGAGCGAGGGGGCUUCAGUGACCCCGAGGACUCCUCGGAAUAUUACUCUGAGACCACCGCCACCUCAGGGGUGGAGGAGGAUGAUCCCCAUCUCUAUGAGCGAAGCCCAUAUAUCAUCCCCCCAAAGCCAUCCCACAUCCUGCUGGAAGCCAGCAAGAGCCCCUCUUACCCCAAAAUCAUGCUGGUAAAGCCUUGCAAGGGGAGCCAAGGAGACAAUGCAGACAAGACUCCUCCAGCACAGAAUAUAAAGGACUCUCAGGAGCCUAAAGACUGGAGAAAGUGUCACCAGGGGUCUGCAUGGACUAAACAGCCCCCCAAUUCCAGGCCUCGGUACAGUAGUAGGCCUCAGGGCCACAGAACUACACCACCAGCCUACUGUACAAAGGUGACAGGCCCCAGCGGCUCCAUCACCACCGUGACUGCUACGGCUUCCGUGACAGUCGCAGUGCAUCCAAGCUUGCCCGGAGCAGUGAGGGCUUACAGCCACGAGGGUUAUGAGGACAGUGAUACGGACUGUGCGGAACACAGGCCCAAAUGGGCCAGGGGCAAAAACCGCCACCUGGAGGUGUUUGAGCUGGAGGAUGUGGAGCAGAACCGAAGCGCAGAGCACUCCUCUGCUGUACGCUAGUGGUGUCCGAUCUGAGACGCUGAACUUGUACAGGAGCCCCGACCCCCGCAGAGAAGAACAAGAGAUACUAAUGAUCUAAUAAGAUUAAAUCCAUAAGUAGAGACUGCGAGCGCGCCGUAUAUUAUACGUGGAAAUGUCUAUUUAAUAAGCUGACAAUGUACUGUAGAGGCCAGGGAGGAGCAAGACCCCAAACCUCCCCCGCCUCCCCCCUAGUCGCCCCUCUGUCUCCUGCAAAUCAGACUCGCCAGUUUUGCUGCUAUCUGUUAACUCCUUUUUUGCUGGAGGCAUUUUUUUUUUUUGUGCAGUUUUCCUUCACUUCGGGAGAAAGACAACAACAAAAAAUAAUGAGGCACUUUCCUUCCCCGAAAAAAAAGUUCUGAUUCCUCUGCUCUCAAUGUUCCAAUGUUCACGCGGAGCGGUCGUUAUAGAUGACCUCAUUUACAGAUACUUAGGGGGUCUUCUGUCAUAGACCGGCAUUUUACCCCAAUCUUCAAUAGCCCCUGCGCUGCCGGAGAACUUUAAAUUUUGGUAAAUGACCCCCAUUGUAUCUUCUGGCAUCUAUGCAACUCCUCCCGCGCUGAUACAUUGUAUCACUGCAAUUGGUCAAUGUCUCAAAGGUGAAUGAAAAUAUAUUUAGGAGCUUUAACGCGGCCAAUGUGACCUCUGUUAAUUACUGAGGGGCCAGAAAGAGGUAGGAGGUACAAAAUGCCUCAAUUAUGUCGCAAGCUCCAAAAGGCCUUAUUUUUAUUCCCCAGGCCCUCAAAAUGGGCGCAGAGAGUCCGGCACGGUGACCAUGACCCCCUACCUCCAGCAGUAUCCACUGUAGUUCCCCCCAGAACGUGUAGCACUGCAGAUUCUCAAUUACUACAUGACUAAUUAACCUCUGUAUUAACGCCUUCACUGCCAGAAUGUUGUCCAGCACUGAAGUGGUUAAGCCCCACUUUGUAUCUGCUGUGAAUGAAUGGCUCUAUAUAAAGAUAUAGGAUUCUAUAUAAGUGGCCUGUCCUGUAUAGGACAUCGUUAUAUUGGUCCCGCUUCAGGGACUGCGAGUGAUUAGUAUUCUGGUGUUAAUUAAUAUAAUAAUUAUUAUUAUUAUUAUUAGCGUGGUGUAUAUAAGAUGUGAAUCGGCAGCUUCUCUAACAAAUAUAUAUAUAUAUAAAUAUUAACCCUCGUGUCACUACCGGAAGCUGCAGGGCGACGCAGCACCAACAGCGCGUCUCCCUGCGGAUUCCUGCAGCAGUGACGGGAAGGGUCGGUCUAAGUGUUUGUGUCUGUUCUGUGGACUGAAGCUCGGUACAAGGUGUCGCUGCGCCAAAUCUAAAUUAUUUAUAUUAAAUGGAAACAAAGGUUUAUUUUUGUAGAUUGUACAGAAGUCGUAG